AUGCUACCUUUUCGUGUUUUCCGUUCGCGAACCAUUGAAGAAUAUUGGGUCAUAGACACCUCUCGAAUUCGGAGAUUCCAAAAAUUAUGUCAAUUUCAAAAUUAUAAUACUGCUCGCUAUUUCUGUGAGACAGUUACAUCUGAAUGUGUUUUGGAUUGGAAAAGAUCAGCUUCGACAGGUGAUACCACAGUAUUGAAAGACUUACCCACAAGAAAUAAUGACGUGGGAAAAGAUUUUUGUAAUAAUAUCAAGGGUUAUAAUAGUGUUUUUGCAUUUACUUUUAUAGGCAUCAAAUUGGAUAAAGAUCUUAUGAACACUAAGGAAUUUGAUCAAAAGAUAUAUUCAAUUAUAUAA